UUUCAGCGUGUUUUAUUUAUUUUGUUUUGUGUCUUUGUAUCUCAACACAUCGUGGUUUUAAUAUAUGAUGAAGACAACAUAAACUGAAAAGUGAUCUGCGCUGCAAAAAGCUCAUGAUUACCGUUCUGUUGCUGGUGCGGCUAAGAAACUGCACACUCUAGCCACCUAUUCAGAUCUUUAUGGUGAACAUCGUAGUUGACGACCAUGUGUCCACUUUACGACAUUGCUGAUCCAGCAUGGCUGCUGCAACAGGAGACUGGGAGGCUGAUGGUGCAACUGGACUGUUAACUGGAGAAGAUGAUAGGGGAACAGAUCACAGAAAAGAGUGUGAAGCCCAGGGCUCCCAGUGUGACGAAGGGGGGCAGGAAGAGAAGCCCGUGUGUCUCAUAGUUCUGGGAAUGGCAGGAUCUGGCAAAACUACGUUUGUGCAGAGACUGACAGCUCAUCUGCACUAUAAGAAAUCCCCUCCUUAUGUGAUAAACUUGGACCCUGCUGUACACGAGGUCCCAUUUCCAGCAAAUAUUGAUAUUCGGGACACUGUGAAUUAUAAAGAGGUGAUGAAGCAAUAUGGUCUGGGUCCUAAUGGAGGGAUUGUGACAUCCUUAAACCUUUUUGCUACUAGAUUUGAUCAGGUGAUUAAGUUUAUUGAGAAAAAGCAGCAGGAUUACAAAUAUGUUAUGAUUGACACUCCAGGGCAGAUUGAGGUGUUUACAUGGUCUGCAUCUGGCACAAUCAUCACAGAGGCUUUGGCAUCCUCAUUCCCUUGUGUAGUUGUCUACGUGAUGGACACAUCUCGCAGCACCAACCCUGUAACCUUCAUGUCAAACAUGCUGUAUGCUUGCAGCAUCCUCUACAAGACAAAGCUUCCUUUUAUUGUGGUGAUGAACAAGACAGACAUAAUUGAUCACAGCUUUGCUGUAGAGUGGAUGCAGGAUUUUGAAGUUUUUCAAGAUGCUCUGAACCAGGAAACCUCCUACGUCAGUAACCUGACUCGCUCCAUGAGCCUGGUUCUUGACGAGUUCUACAGUAGCCUCAGGGUGGUCGGUGUCUCUGCGGUUACAGGAAGUGGUUUGGAUGAAUUCUUCCAGAAGGUAGCAGAGGCUGCAAAGGAGUAUGAAAAGGAGUACAUGCCUGAAUAUGAACGGCUUCGCAAAAAAUUGGCUGAGGCCCAGAGUAAGAAACAGGAAGAACAGCUUGAACGUCUGCGGAACGAUAUGGGAGCUGUUGCUAUGGAAACAACUGCGCCCCCAGACUGCACAGAGACUGAAGGCCCCAGUGACUUUAUCUUGACCCGAGGGAAUCUAGACGAGGAAGAUGAGGAGAUUGACAGUGACACGGAUGAUAUCGAUCACAACAUUACUGAGGAAAGCAAAGAAGCCCCCGCAUUCCAGAUUUUUCUGAAAGAAAGGAAGCAGGUGGUCAAGGUGAGGAACAAGAAGCAGCACUGAUCCGAAACCAUGUUGAGAGGGGAUACCUUGUUCUAACUAGCUGUUGUCACAUUAAUACAUAUUAAUAAAGUACAUCACCUGUCUUCCUUGCUUUAUGUGCAGGGUCUUGCUAAGGUGACUGAUGCAGUAGUAUUCAUAAAUCUGGGGUGACAAGCUGUCAAGUGGUUAUGCUAAGCAGGAAGAGAUUUGCAACAUCAGCUAUUCUUUAAGACUUGAAUUUCCUGAAAAAAAUUAUUUUGAGCUGAAAGAUUUUAUUUGGAGUGUCAGUUUAAACUGGACAGACUCGAUCUACCAUUACCUCAGUAUGAUAUGCAGAAUGCUGUCCUCAAAAGUUAAUCUUCUAGACCCAGCAUAGUGUGUAGGGGUGCUGUGCUCUCAGAAAUAACUAUAGCCUUUUAAUUCUUUGAACGUUUAGUCUUCAGAGAAGGUCUUUUAUGGUAUUUGACUGGUUGAUGUGUGAUCAACCAAUAGAUGCUGAGACCACUGCUGGCUUUUGUAGCUAUGUUUUUUUGUUGUUUUUUUUCUUACUUUUUUUUCUGAUUUAGUGCCCCCAGAGCCAGACACACUUUACAGAUGCAAAAACUAUGUACAUGUCUGUUUAAGCAGUAAUACAACAGGAUAUCCAGUCAUAUUGAGAUAUAUAGACACCUCAAGUCUGCAUAUCUCUGACAAAGAAUGCCUGUGUUACUGUGCUUAAAAAUAAAUAAAUAAAUACCAGAGUGGCUCCACUGUACAUUCAUAAUGAAGUAAUUACACAUGCUUGGAAUAUUUUCAGACAAUCGGAUCACUGGGAUUUUCCAAACUGUUUUCUACAGCUAUGGCAAAAAGUUUUGCAUCACCCUAUAAAUGAUCACAUUUUCCUUCAUAGUCAAAUGGAACUUGCUGAAUAAUGUUACGUUAACAUAAUGAAUUACAUACCGCUUUUGUAGUUUUCCAUAUUCAUAACAAAAAAGUGACACAAAUUGAAUGAUGUGACAUUUUAAAAUCGAACAGGAAAUACUGCACUACUAUUAUGGCUUCAAGUAGACUUUUGCGAUAUUAUUUUGUAGUUUCUUUCAUUACAGAUCAAAGAUCUAAAUUAUGUUUAUUUUUUUUAUUAUAGCUCAAUCCUAAAAUUAUAGGUGAUGCUAAACUUGUGGCCAUAGCUGUAAUCCUAUUCCUUUUCUAAAAUAUCUCAAGCCAGCUGGUAUUAAUUAUAACUUAAGGAAAUCUAUUUGUUGUAAAACAAGAUUCGUCCAUCAACCCAGUUCCCAAAUGUCCCAUAUGUAAACAGUACUACAAGUGAGCAAUUUGAAUUAAUUAUAAUUAAUAGCAGUUCUUUUGGGGGUGUACUGUAAAUAUAGCAGUCUGGGUCUAGGGGUACAAUAUUAUUAAAGGAAACUUUGUGACGGAGUGAGUAUUUAGAUUUUUAAAUAAAAAAUAACAAUUGCAUGCCUUGCUGAGAGAAGAAAACACUGGGUUCUGCCUUGACAAGUGUGAUCAGGCUAAAAUGACGUUAAGAAAUAAACAGCUAAGAACAAAUACUUUUAUUUACAGUUACUGUUUAUCUUUCAUUGAGGGGAUAAGUUUUAUUCUGUCUAAAACUACCUCAAACUAGUCCUGUUUCACACAAAACCACUUUUGCGAGAUCUGAAUUAAAUGUUGAUAUAAACUGUCUGUCUUAUUCUUUUCAAAACUUAAAUAAUAAAAAAAUAAUAAAUAUGA